AUGUCUCAGUUUAUCAUCAUCAGCAGCAGCAUCACCAAGAAGGCGGGCGCUAUGAUGCGCGGGGCCGGGGACGCGGUGGUGGCGUCUGUGGCAGCAGAGAGGGUCAUCUGUUGGGCUAGCGGCGCCGCAGACGACGUACAGGCGCAGUCAGGCACGUUGCUCGGCCUGGUACUCGCCUUCGCCAACGUAUUCUUCAACGCGUCCAGCUUCGUCAUCAAGAAGCAUGCCCUGCGCAGGCUCGGCGAAGACGAUGAACGAAAGUCCGAGGUCAGUCCUCACGGAGGCCUCAAGCUACGAUUCCUGCUCGACCCGGAGUGGCUAGUGGGAGCAAUUCUCGGCUUCUCCGCGGACGUGGCACAGAACUUGGCGUUGCAGUUCGCUUCCUCCACGGCAGUCGUGGCCAUCGGCAUGGCGAAUGGACUUGUCACCGCCCUCCUGACAGCCACGCUUCUUCGUCAAACGACAUCAGUGCUGGUGGUGUGCGCGUGCCUCCUGACAAUCGUGGGCACCGUGCUCAUGGUGCUCGGCGUGCCGGCUGAGAUGGAGCCCAUGACCGUCAUGGAGCUCGAACUAUACCUCGUGCAGACAGGCUUCCUGGUAUACGUGUUGCUGAUGGCCGGACUCCUGGUGUUGUGCACGGGCCUGCUUUCGCACGCUCGUGGGGGCCAGUGCAUCCUAGUGAACAUCUGUAUCAGCGCGCUCUCCUCGGUACCCUAUACGAUCGCCGUCAAGGCCAUCUUGAUGACUGUCUCCGAGGUCGGACAGCUCGUGUCCGUGCGCACCGUUGCCUGGUUCGUGGUCGUCGUCGUUUCCUUCUGCGCUCACGUCAUCUUCCUCAAUAAGGGCCUGGAACAGUUCGAUCCGGUGCGCAUCUCCCAGCUGUCCUCGUGCUUCUUGCACCUGAGCUUCACAGCCACCAUGAUGCUGCUGUCCCAGUCCUGGCAGGAGGCCACGCCCUACCACGUGUUCCUGCUGAUGCUGGGCGUGGCGGACGUGUCCUUCGCUCUGCUGGCCUUCGUCAUCUUCCAGGACGACCACCAGCGUUCGGACACGGCGGUGCGCAUAGCGCUGCGACUGCUCAUCACUGCAGGCUCUCGCAGACGCGCGCAGCCACUACCGUCGUCCCCGGUGGUGCAGCGGCCCCUCCGCAUCGUGGCCAGUAGGAGACGACACCAAAGCAGAUGA